AUGGCAAGUGCAGAAAGUGAAGAAAACCUAUCAGACUUAUUCGACAGCGGUUACAAACUAUUCACCAGCAUCCAGAACACCCAAUCAGCCACCAACAGCCUAGAAGUUCAGCUGGAUGUAAAAAAAUGCAUAAGUAUCUUCGAAACCGCGACAAAAUUAGUGUCUAUUGCCGACAUGUUCAGCCGGAAUGAAGAAUUUACCGAAGUUCCUACUGAGAAUAUCAAGUACUUUUUACUUCCUGCAUUUUUGGGUACCUUGGCAUCAAAAAUCUGCGACCGGGAGAAUAGAAUGCACUAUCUUAAAGUGUCAGAGGUUUAUUUCUAUGAUUUUUUGGAACGAAUCAAGUCCUACGGAGUUAUCAACUUUGAAAUUCCUAAAAAGGAUCAAGAAGAUGAUGAUAAUGAUAAAAAAGAAGGUGAUAAGAAGAAAACAAGCAAUCUGGAGAAGAUUGAAGACAUGGUAAGCAUCAGGAAGCUCAAGUUAAUGCGUUAUAAAGAGCAAAAGGACCUUAAGGAGAAGCUGGAGGUCUACCAGAAGAGUAUGGACAACCCAAACCUUGAUGAUGAGACCAAAAGGAAUUAUUUUACAACUUUAAUUAAUCUCUACGCGCUUGAGGCGGUUGAUGAGAUUAAUUCUUUGAAGGAAGAGAAGGCAAUCUUGGAGCAGAUGAAGAUGAUAUCCUCCGGCAAGCUGGAGGAUAAGAAGAAAGACAACUACAAGCCUCCUAAAUUGCAGCCGAUUAUUAUCACCAAGAACCAGCUUCAAAAACAGGUUAUGGGUGCAGGGUAUCCCAGCCUGCCGGUGAUGACUGUGGAGGAGUUUUAUGAGAAGAAGAUUGCUGAUGGAGAGUGGGCUGCUCCUGGGACUAAUGUUGGAGGCAAGAGUCUUCAGGAUAUGGCUGAGAGUCAGGGACAAGAGGACCCGGAGGUGCUGGAGAAGGAGAAGUUGGCUGAGAAGGAUGAUGAGGAAUACUUGAAUAGGAUGAGGGCUAUGGACGAGUACAAGGACACUCAUAAACGCGGAUGGGGGAAUAGAUACAACAGGAGUUAA